AUGAAAGAAGCAACCAAGAAGACGAACUUUAAUAAACAAUUCUCAGUGGUUUCUAGAUCAGAAGAUUACUUGUGGGAUGCUAUUCAAGGAAAUAAGUUCUGUUGCUGUGUUCAAGCAUGUGUUUACGACUCUGAUUGCGGUCCAACUGGUAGAUGUAUCAAUACAAGAUGUGUAUCCCGUUAA